AUGUCCUUCGAUCGUCCCUCGCCACCGCGGGCAGCGAAUCGCAUGACAAUAUGGCCGACUCAAUACGGAGAUGACAUUGAGCUGAGCGCACCAUGGCCGGGCCACUUGUCGACUCAGAAUAUCAAUAAGCGAUGGACAGGCGCCUUCGACACCGAAGCUCGUGCCAACCGCAUGAGUUACAUGGUUGGCAACUCGCUGCUCCCUUCCGCUCCAACUGUACCACAAGUCUGGCCGGGCCAUGCUCGCGCCAGCCGCGCAACAUGGAUCAACAACCGAGACUAUCAGAACGACGCCCAGCUUUGGGAUGGAUCUUUCGAGGUAGAAAAGAGAGACUCGUGGAUUGGUCGGAACUCGGAUCGAUGGUCAGAGGAUUUUGAGAUCGAAAAGGAGAAGGCGAGAUGGAGGGAGCCUCUUACCAAGGAGCAACUCGACCAGGCCGACUCUGCCCUCGUGUCCAAGGACAUUCUCGAAUACGACUUUCCAGGCUAUGGCACCCCCGAAGACCCGUAUCUGGUGAGAUGGAUCGAAAAUGAUCCUGCCAAUCCCAUGCUCUUCCCAAAGGCUAGAAAAUGGACCAAUGCCAUGGUUCUUGCAUUUGCCGUCUUCAUGGUCUCGAUUGCCUCUUCUGGCUUUUCCCAAGGCACGGCCGACAUCAAGACCGAGUUCAACGUCGGUCAGACCGUCGCAUUACUCAUGACUUCACUCUUCGUCCUCGGCUUUGCCAUCGGAGCACUCGUACUUUCACCAUUGAGCGAGGUGUACGGACGUCGCGGGCUAUAUGUCUGGACAUUUGCCGCAUUUGUCAUUACGUCGGGUGUAAUUGGACUCGCCCCUUCGAUUUCCUUUGUUCUCGCCUUCCGACUGCUCGGAGGUUUGGCAGGCUCCUUCACCCAAGCAGUCGCUCCCGCCGUCAUUGCCGACAUGUUCCAGGCCCAGGAGAGAGGAUUUGUUCUUAGUAUCUUUACCUUGGCCGGUCUAAUGGGUCAAAUGCUGGGCCCGAUUGCUUGUGGUUUUCUCGACGCUGCUUUUGGCUGGAGAUCAUUGUCGGUCAUGAUUGCUGGCGCCUCUUUUCCAGUCUGGGUCAUCCUCACUCUCACGUUUCCCGAGACCUACGCCCCUGCGCUGCUGAAGCAGCGUGCCGCCAAGAUGGAGGCCAUUACAGGCAAGGUGCAUGUCGUGGAUGGUAUGGACACUAAGAGCAUUGGAACCCAGCUCCGUGUUGGCGCUCUCCGACCUUGGGUUAUCCUUAUCUACGAGCCCAUUGUUACUCUUCUCAGUCUCUUCUUGUCUGUCGUCCAUGGUACCCUCUUCCUUCUCUUUGCUGCCUACCCCAUUGUCUUUCAACAGGUUCGUGGCUGGCCUCAGGGUGUGGCCUCGUUGCCCUUCCUCGCUAUUGCUCUGGGUAUCGUCAUCUCGCUCUUCUACGUCGCCCUUUUUGACCAGAAGCGCUAUGGCAAGCUGGUCGACAAGUACCAGGGCAAAGUUCCACCCGAGGCCCGUCUCCCACCCGCCAUGCUGGGCUCCGUCGCUCUCCCCAUUGGCCUUUUUUGGUUCGCUUGGACCAAUGACCCCUCCACCUUUUGGCUCAUCUCCGUCAGUGCCGGCGUUUUCUUUGGCUUCGGCAUGGUGCUGCUCUACAUGAGCCUGACCAACUACAUUGUCGAUGCCUACCUGGGAUACGCCGCGUCGGCGUUGGCUGCAAGCACCGUGCUGCGAUCUAUUGCUGGUGCCGUGUUCCCCCUGUUCACCAGCUCCAUGUACGAUUCUCUAGGCAUUCAUUGGGCCUCCAGUGUCCCUGGUUUCCUCGCACUGGUUUUCGUACCUUCCCUGGUCAUGUUUUACAAGUACGGACACGUUAUCCGAAGCAAGACCAAGUUCGGACAGGAAGCCGCCAGGCUCGCAGCUAUGAUGGACGGUGGAAAAUAG